AUGUCCAUGCACUUCUUCUUUCGGAUGUCUUUGUGUUCCUCCAAGAAAAAGACCAGAAAUAUGUUUUCGCGUCUCUGGACCAGCGAGCCACUGUUAUCUCCCUGCAGAAGCUGAUCGUACGAGAGGUGGCCCACGAGGAGCGCGGCCUCUUCCUCAUCACCGCCGGCAUCGCAAACCCCGAAAUGGUGGAGAUUCACGCCAGUUCCCGAGAGGAACGUAACACCUGGAUGCAGCUCAUUCAGGACGCCAUGCACUCGAU